AUGUUCAAUUGCAGACAGUUGCAAACAUUAACAGCGAAAGAGAAAUACUGCAGCACAGUGAUAGUGAUGGACACUCUCAGCCUCAGGAUUUUUAUCCUCUUAUUAAUUAACACUGAUGGUCUACAGCGGGUACAAGGAAAAAGUUAUUUGCCAACUUGGGACUCAAUUGAUUCAAGACCGAUACCUCAUUGGUAUCGAAAUGCUAAACUUGGUGUAUUUUGUCAUUGGGGAGUUUAUUCAGUGCCAGCAAUUCAUUCGGAAUGGAUGUGGUAUGCAUGGAAAGUAUCAAAUAGCUCAGAUAUUAUCCAAUUUGUGAACAAAUAUUACAAACCGGGUGUCACUUAUGCCGAUUUUGCUCAAGAUUUCACAGCGGAACACUUCAAUGCUUCCGUGUUUCGGAAUAUCGUGGAAGCGUCCGGAGCAAGAUAUUUUGUGUUCACAAGCAAACAUCACGAAGGUUUUACGAUGUGGCCAAGCGCAACUUCCUGGAACUGGAACUCAGUUGAUGUUGGCCCACACCGAGAUAUCGUUGGUGAAUUAAAGAAUGCAUUUUUGGAAUCCAAAGUUUAUUUCGGUCUUUAUUUCUCUCAGUAUGAGUGGUUUAAUCGCUAUUACAUUAAUGAUCGCAAAUACAGCACUGAUGACUAUGUGAAGUAUGUGUCGUAUCCGCAGAUGUUGGAAAUAGUGAGGAAGUAUGAACCUCAAAUAAUCUGGAGUGAUGGAGAUUGGGAAAUGAGUGAUGAUUACUGGAAAUCAAAAGAAUUCCUUGCAUGGCUUUAUAAUUCAAGUCCAGUGAGGGAUACAGUGGUUGUAAAUGAUCGAUGGGGAGAGGGUAUCUCCGGUAAACAUGGAGGUUUCUUAACGUAUUCAGAUCAUUUCGAUCCAGGUUAUUUGUUAAGACGCAAGUGGGAAAAUUGUCUUACACUUGAUAAAGAGUCAUGGGGAUAUCGCCGAAACAUGAGAAGUGAAGACAUAAACGCGGUGUUAUACCUCAUUAGUCAGCUAGUAAGGACUAUUGCUUGCAAUGGAAACUUGCUGUUGAAUGUUGGUCCGGAUAAAUCCGGGAUGAUUGCGCCAAUUUUUGAAGAUCGACUACGUGAACUUGGUAAAUGGGUAAGGCGUAAUCGGGAAGCCAUUUUUGAUACUUACCCAUGGAUGUAUCAAAAUGAUUCUCUCUACAUCUGGUACACAGUAAGUUCACCAAGUGAAUAUGAAGUGAGGCAUGAUAUGGCUUGGAUACCGCAUACGGAACAUUCUAAACUUUACGCAUUUUUUCUCCAAUUCCCGAUCACUGAUACCGUUACACUGUCUUCUGUGCUGUACACGCCAAUGUUAACAGCAGAAGUGCUUCUCGACUUUAGUAAGACUGAAUUCCUUGAAGUGUACGGCAUUCCCGGGCAGUCGGUAACACUAAGCUUCAAGAAACAUCAAAGACUUAUUGCGUUUAGCCCAGUCGUUGUUCGGAUCAAACACUUUAAUGCUACUUAUCGUGACCCACUCGAGGACCGAAAACGAAAAGAAGUUCAACAUAGAGCCAGAAAUCGUACCAACUGA